UGAGUCUCCACAGUGUGUCCGGUUACUCAGCCUGUGGGUAUAAAUAGGGAGUAACCACCGAUCGGAUCGAUAAUGCUGAUACCACAGCAGGUAGACAGUGUGUGUAUGAAACAGCGUUAGACAGCCUAACAACAGCAGUGCCCUUAAACAAAAUGUAGCCCUUCAGAAUAAAAUGUGCGCUGGCAUUAAUAGCCUUCUUCCUUCAGGUGAAAGUGAAAGUAAAGACAGAGUCGGAGGACGGAAGACCGCUACUAAUGAUAACAGUCUUUAUCCAGCGGCCGAGAUGAAGUUGCUGCUGGUUCUGAUGUCCUCUCUCUCUCUGGUGGACGCAGACUCUGAUGUGAUUGGCUCAGACAAACCAGUUACAGUAACAGUCAGUGAUAACGUCAUCCUGCCAUGUCACCUGGAGCCUCCAUUCAAUGUGAGGAAUCUAACAGUGGAGUGGAAACGCGGUGAAACCAUCGUGCACAUCUAUACAAACAGGAAGGAUGAUCCAGGUCGUCAGGACAAGAACUUCCGAGGUAGAACAUCUGUCUUCCAUGAAGAAAUGAUCAGAGGAAACAUUUCACUAAAACUGACCAGCAUAACUGAACUGGAUGCUGGAAGUUACACCUGCUUUGUUCCCAAACUGCAAAGUCAGGUCAGGAGAGGCUUCGUUAACCUCACUGUUGAGCCAGUCGAGCAGAAAAAGGACAAAGGAAGUCCGACCCAUAAAAACAACAGACAGCCAGAGAAUGUUGGUGAGUACAAUGUACAAACUCCUGUGUCACUCAUCCUUCAUUACAACAAGAAACUGUUGAAUAUUGAAUCCAUUAUUUGUUAUACAGUAAAGAAAGCUCCAAUAAACCCUCCGUACACUGCAAACAUCAGGCAGACAAUUAGUGGACACAGUGAAGCCUUUAGCAGCUAAAGAGCCAGAUAUUUCCCUCAGGAGACCAAAGACAGAGCUAUAAGACAGUGAAUAUUGGACUUCCAUUCAUCAGGUGACACAAACACAAAUCAUCAUGUUGUUCAGAACUGCUGCCUGUGUAAAUAAACCAGAAGUUCACCAGAUCAACUUUUUUUAUAACUGUGAAGCAAUUUACAGCCCAAAAGACGUUACAUGAGUUGGUUCAGUAUUUUUCAGGAGAAUAUUCUAAAUGAUAAAUGAGAGACUCUAACAAACUGACUAAGUGGAGGAUAAAAUGGAUGGAACCAACAGUGUAGAAGUAACCUGGACAUUUUUCCUCUGCUCUCUCAGGUAAUGACACUGCUGCUAUAAUUGGCAUUGCUGUAGUCAUCAUUGCUGGAACUGUCAUUUCCUUUGUUGUUGUAUUAUGGGGGUUGUGUAGAAAUACCAGUAAGUCACAAAUCUUCUUCUGUCUUCAUGUUUAUAAAUGUUUUCAAAUAAAUGUUUCAUGUCUUUGAUUCCUGUAUCAGUCUGUAUUCUAUCUGUCCCUGCUGUUUCAGUGAGUAAGCACACAAACAUUGACAUGCAUUCAUCUAUCUGACCUUUCUGCUGUACCAACAGAAAACACUGACUAGUUUUGUGUUGUUGUUAUGUGUUCAGGACAAGAGGACAAUGUUUGGGCCAAUGUUGGGUCCAAUGUUAGGCCAAUGUUCUGUC